AUGGCCGCUUUUCGACGUCUGUCUCUGGAUACAUUACCUGUAGAGUUACUACAUGAAAUCCAGCUGUACGCUGUUUCGCCUUCUCUUCCAUAUACCUGCAAGCACAUCUUCGAUGUGUUCAAAUUAGCACCUUCAUCCUAUCGUGCUCAAUUCCUUCUUUCUGCCACUCAGACAGUCUGCCCAACCAUCAGGGUCACCAAACUACUGCGCUACCCCCUAUGUACGAAAGAAGUUUUAGCUGUUGUUAUCCGGAUGAGAGACGAUAUAUUCUCUUGGGACUACCCGUCCGAGCUUCCACGGCGGUUAUUCCGCCCUCUCCAUCCAAAGCCGUCUUCCGAGGAACCAUCCUCAAAACAGAUUGGAUGGUCUGAUCGUGAUAAACCACUCCCUUUUCUAAACUACCUGUACUCCCUCAAAUUUCGCCCUCCCAAUGCCAACUCACACGAGGGCUAUGCUCUAACCAAAGCCGUCCACGCCGCGUUCAUACCCCUCAUACAAUUCCUCUUGGACCACGGUGCCUCUCCACGAUGCAAAGAUGGUCUCGCUGUCCUAGUCGCUAUUCGUCGUAGAGAUCUCUCAUUGGUGAAGAUGCUCAUCCAGAAGGAUGAUGUGCCUACGAUUAAAAGUGGGAAAUCAAAAAAGCCGAAAUUAGAAGAUAGGAUCACCGCAACUCAGGACAUGUUGAAGGCUGCUGUAAAAUGCAACGCCAGAGACAUUGUGGAGUAUCUCACCAAAGAGAAGGGAUGUGUCCCAGACAUGCAGACCAUUCUUCUGAUGCGUUGA